CGUAUUUGGCAGACUGUUUUCGGUGUUUAUUAUCCCAAUGUAAACAAAAUGACUUUGAGCCGCGCUAUUUACCUUAACUCACUCGAGGACUCUGAUGAAGAGUUAGAUGUAAGAUCUCGUAAGCCCAGAGUAUACCAAACCAGGCCCAACUUUUUGGAUGAAAUGGAGGAAGUUGAGUUUAUAAAUAAAUUCCGAAUUUCGAAAGCUACUUGCUUAAUGCUCUUACAAAAAAUAGGAAGGAAGGUGGAGCACCUAACAUCCAGGAACUACGCUCUCAGUCCCGAGGACAAACUGUUGUUAGCCCUACGAUUUUAUGCCUGUGGAAACUUUUUAGUGGCCGUCGGAGACUUUUGCAAAGUGAGCACAUCUUCCGCUUGUCGAGCGGUAAAAGAGGUUUCCUUUAACAUUGCGGCAAUGUCCAGGGACUACAUCAAGUUUGGAGAAACCGAAUCAGUCGUAGAGGAGUUCCAAAAGAUAUCGAAAUUUCCUAAUGUGAUGGGGGCCAUUGGCUGCACACAUAUUCGGAUAAGAUCCCCAGGGCAGAGCCAAGAUGAAGCAUAUCGCAAUCGGAAAGGUCACUUCUCGUUGAAUAUCCAGGCCGUUUCUAAUGCGCAGUUGGUUAUCCAAGAUUUGGUGGCUAGAUGGCCAGGCUCAACCACUAAUAGCACUAUCUUCAACCGCAGUAGACUGAAAGAUCGGUGGGAAAGCGGUGAAUUUGAAAAUAAUUUCCUUUUGGGCAAUGGCUACACACUAAGCAAAUAUAUGAUGACCCCUAUUAAAAGACCCACUACAGAUGCAGAAAUGCUUUACAAUGAAUCCCAGAUCGGCACUGUUAAAAUCGUUUAUAGAUGCUUUGAGGCUUGGAAACAACGGUUUCCGGUUCUGUCUUACGGAUUGCGCAUCAACAUUGAUACUGCGAAAGUUGUCAUAGUUGCAUGUGCGGUUCUCCACAACAUAGCAAUCCAAAAAAAUGACCCACUUCCCCCUAUGGAUGAGGAUUUGGCCACUGAGUCGUUUGAGGAUGGCGAGGAAGUCGAUGCAAUAGUGGAUGUCUCCGAUGGGUUUCACAGAAACGAUUUAAUUAAUAAGUAUUUCGAAAGAUAAUACAAAAUAUUCUGACACAACUUUUAUAAUAACUUAUUAACUGUAAUAUGUAACCUUAAUGUAAGUAAAAAUUACAGGGCAUCAAUCCUUUGGAGAGUCCUGCAAAGAAAAAGCAAAAUAUUAAUUAAGAAAAACACACA